AUGCAUACCAUGAAAUAUAUGGAGAAUAAGAAUAAUGUUAUUGAAUUUAUUCUACUGGGGCUCACAGAGAAUCCACAAAAACAGAAAAUCAUAUUUAUUGGGUUUUCAGUCAUCUACAUUGUGUCUGUGGUAGGAAAUGUGCUCAUUGUGGUCAAAAUCACUGCCAGCCCAUUAUUGGAGUCCCCUAUGCACUAUUUUCUGGCCUAUCUCUCCUUUAUUGAUGCUUGCUAUUCCUCUGUCAAUACCUCUAAACUGAUAGUAGAUUUACUCCAUGAAAAGAAGACCAUUCUAUUUAAUGGGUGCAUGACCCAAAUCUUUGGGGAAUAUUUCUUUGGAGAUGCUGAAGUCAUCCUACUUACUGUGAUGACCUAUGACCACUAUAUAGCCAUCUGCAAGCCCUUGCACUAUACAAGCAUCAUGACUCGUAGAGUAUGUCACCUGUUUUCGGGAGUGUCAUGGGUAGCAGGCUUUCUUCAUGUAUUCAUACAGAUCAUCUUCAUCUUCAGAUUACCUUUUUAUGGCCCUAAUAUCAUAGAUCACCUUAUGUGUGACUUGAAUCCUUUGCUCAAUCUUGCCUGUAUUAAUACUCCAGGGCUCUUUGUUGCUGUCAACAGUGGUUUCCUCUGUCUAUUAAAUUUCCUUCUCUUGAUUGGCUCCUAUGUGGUCAUUCUGCACUCCUUAAGGUCCCAGAGCUUGGAGGCAAGGCAAAAAGCUCUCUCCAUCUGUGUCUCCCAUACAACAGUUGUGGUCCUAUUUUUUGUGCCCUGCAUAUUUGUAUACUUGAGACCAGCAACUACUUUACCUAUUGAUAAAGCAGUGUCUGUAUUCUACAUUAUGAUAACUCCCAUGUUAAAUCUUUUAAUCUAUACUUUGAGAAAUACUCAGAUGAAAAAUACUAUUAGGAAACUGUAUAGUAGGAAAGCUAUUUCAGAUGAAUCAUAA